UGGGGCGGGUCCGCCGCGACGUCUCGGGGUGUCUGGUGUGAAAAGGAGGCCAUAGUGCAUUUCUCUGCCCUUGACAGCCUUUCGCGUCAGCAUGGCUGCUCUGGCGGCUCUGCGCGGCGGCGUCCGCCGGCCUCUGCUUCGAGGGCUGCUGCAGGAAGUAAGAUGCCUGGAUCGAAGUUAUGCAUCCAAACCCACUUUGAAUGAAGUAGUUAUAGUAAGUGGUGUAAGAACUCCCAUUGGAUCCUUCAUGGGCAGCCUUGCCUCUCAGCCAGCCACUAAGCUUGGAUCUAUUGCAAUUCAAGGAGCCAUUGAAAAGGCAGGGAUCCCAAAAGAAGAAGUAAAGGAAGUCUACAUGGGGAAUGUCAUCCAAGGGGGUGAAGGACAGGCCCCUACACGGCAAGCAGCAUUGGGUGCAGGUUUACCAAUUUCCACUCCGUGUACCACGGUAAACAAAGUUUGUGCUUCAGGAAUGAAAGCCAUCAUGAUGGCUUCUCAAAAUCUCAUGUGUGGACAUCAGGAUGUGAUGGUGGCAGGUGGGAUGGAGAGCAUGUCAAACGUCCCGUAUGUAAUGAGCAGAGGAGCAACACCGUAUGGUGGGAUAAAACUUGAAGACCUGAUUGUAAAAGAUGGGCUGACUGAUGUCUACAAUAAAAUUCAUAUGGGUAACUGUGCUGAGAAUACUGCAAAGAAGCUGAGUAUUGCCCGAGGUGAGCAGGACACUUAUGCCAUCAGCUCUUACAGCAGAAGUAAAGAAGCCUGGGAUGCAGGGAAGUUUGCAGAUGAAGUCAUUCCUGUCACCGUGUCAGUAAAAGGUAAACCAGAUGUGGUGGUGAAAGAAGAUGAAGAGUACAAGCGUGUUGAUUUUAGUAAAGUACCAAAGCUGAAAACUGUGUUCCAGAAAGAAAAUGGCACUGUAACAGCUGCCAAUGCCAGCACACUGAAUGAUGGAGCAGCUGCUGUGGUUCUCAUGACUGCAGAUGCAGCCCAGAGGCUCAACGUUAAGCCACUAGCACGAAUUGCAGCAUUUGCCGAUGCUGCUGUAGACCCUAUUGAUUUUCCAGUUGCGCCUGCAUAUGCUGUACCUAAGGUUCUGAAAUAUGCAGGAUUGAAAAAGGAAGAUAUUGCCAUGUGGGAAGUAAAUGAAGCAUUCAGUGUGGUUGUACUGGCCAACAUUAAAAUGCUAGAGAUUGAUCCCCAAAAAGUGAAUAUCCAUGGAGGAGCUGUUUCUUUGGGCCAUCCAAUUGGGAUGUCUGGAGCCCGGAUUGUUGUUCACUUGGCUCAUGCCUUGAAGCGAGGACAAUUUGGUCUGGCCAGUAUUUGCAAUGGAGGAGGAGGUGCUUCUGCUGUGCUGAUUGAGAAGCUGUAGACAGUCCCAUGUGAUCACAAACACUGUUGAAGUGAAUGGGACUUCCUUGGGCCGCGUUAUAUUCAACAUCAACUACUUCAUUUUUUAUUAUUUUCUAUUAAAAAUUUUUUAAAGAAAUAAUCAUCAUAUCCAAAACCUAUUGACAGUACAAAUAAAAAUUUCUUCUUUCUUUCUUUCUUUA